AUGCCUGGCAAGAUUCUUCCAACUUUCACUCCGGCCGAGGUCGAGUCCCAUAACAACGCCAAAUCCUGUUAUGUGACGCUGGGUUCCAAAGUCUACGAUAUCACAUCGUUCAUCGACGAUCAUCCGGGAGGCGGCGAUCUGAUCCUUGAAUACGCCGGCAAAGAUGUGAAGGCUAUCCUGCUUGACGAAGCGUCCCAUAACCACUCCGAGGCGGCAUACGAAAUCCUAGAGGAGAGCCUGGUUGGCUUUCUGGAUUCAGAGUCUAUCGCGAACAAAAUCGGUACGAAUGGAUCGGCUGUCAAGGAGUCAAGUGAAGGAGUGCGGCCUGUGUAUGCCUCGACGGGCAUGUCGACCGAGGAAGACCUAUCGGUGGAAACAGACUAUACCAAGGAUUAUCAGAAGUUCAAAUUCCUUGACCUCAACAAGCCACUGCUUCUCCAACUUUGGAAUAGUGGCUUCAGCAAAGACUUCUACCUGAAGCAAAUCCACCGACCGCGUCACUACAAGGGAGGAGAGUCCGCUCCUCUCUUCGGUAACUUCCUGGAACCUCUGAGCAAGACGGCAUGGUAUGUGGUGCCUUUGAUAUGGCUUCCUCCAGUCACAUAUGGGACCAUUAUGGGCUUUUCGGGAUUGGGAAACGUUGGCGUUACUGCCGCGUACUGGCUGACUGGUCUUUCCCUCUGGUCCUUGAUUGAGUAUCUGCUGCAUAGAUUUCUGUUCCACCUCGAUGGGUAUCUUCCCGAUAACCGAGUCGGUAUCACUCUCCACUUUCUCCUGCAUGGAAUCCAUCACUACCUGCCCAUGGAUAAAUACCGUCUCGUGAUGCCACCGACUUUGUUUGUGCUGCUGGCUGCGCCCUUCUGGAAGUUGGCUCAUACAGUCUUUUUCUACAACUGGUAUGCCGCUCUCACAGUAUUCUGUGGCGGAGUAUUCGGCUACAUCUGCUAUGACUUGACACAUUACUUCCUACAUCAUCGCAAUCUGCCUCUCUACUACAAGGAACUCAAGAAAUAUCAUCUGGCCCAUCACUUCGCCGAUUAUGAGAACGGAUUCGGCGUCACCAGCCGCUUUUGGGAUCGAGUGUUCGGCACCGAGCUUGAGACUCCUACGCCAAAGCCCGUGAAGACUCAGUAA